AAACUCCUAAAUAUACAAAUACGUGUUGUAGACAUGAAGAAAAUUCGGUGAUGUUUGUAGGGAAAUCAAGCGCGUUCUACAGUCUAAUGAAAGACGUCGUCAAAGAUGGGCCAUACAGUAAAAUCCGAUUCAUUGCGUCGCAAUAUUUCUCAACUAAAAUACAAAAUACAUUUACUAGUAGUGAAGGCAGAAAAAGAAAACUAAUCGAAAUUGAGAACAAUGAAAACAACAGGCAACCUUUAAACCUUCCAUAUGAUCUUUAUGAAUCUGAACGACAGUUUAUUAUUGUCAUAGACACUCCGAGUGUUAAAAAUAAGGGUGAAAUUUCAAUCUCCGUCCGAAAAGAUCGUAUCGUCAAUAUCAAAGGUCAUAUCUCUCGUGAUACUAUUCCUGGAAAACAACUUGAGAGUCAAAAUCCACUUCUCUUCAGAAAAUUCGACAUCAAAGUUAAUUUACCGAAAAAUAUUGACUCCGAGGAGUCAACGAAUGUAAUCGUUGAAGCUGGUGUAACCACAAUAAUGAUAAAAAAGGAAGUUGCAAAGAAUUUGAGGAUAUC